CGCUCGCGUCUCAAAUCAGAACGAAAUCGCUCGCGUCUCAGAUCAGAACGAUCCACCGUCGCACCAAUCGUCUCACCACCGCCACCACGUCGUUGGCCUGCGGCGACGCCACUCCGCACAGCACCAUCCACCGUCGCACACUCGCCACCGCGACGCCGACGCCACCACCGCCAACGUCCGUAGAUCUGAAGCUCCUCCUUGCCCCGGGACGACGACCCCGGCUCCUCUGUGACGCCAGUCUCCCGCCUCCUUCUUCAGCCGGAGAUUGGGGCUGCCGGCGCGGCUUCCUCGUCCGAUCAGCAGAUGCGAUUAGAAUUGAAAUGGUAGGUGUUAGCUGAUUCCAGUGCAAAACGGCAAGAAAAUUCUUUCAAAAAGCUUGUGUUUUCAUCAUCAGCAACUGUUUAUGGUUCGCCAACUGUGUGAGAUAUAUGUGGAUGCAAAGGAUAAGAUGGAGAAGCACAUAAAGUUGCUAUUUGAACUCAAGGAACUACCUGAGACUUUCAUGGGUUUGCAGAUGGAAACAGCUAUUGUAAACAAUGGAACUAGAUAUUAUGUGAUGGCUGUUACUCCCACACGCCUAUAUUCUUUUACUGGGAUUGGGUCGCUAGAGUCUGUUUUUGCUAGUUAUGUGGACCGCACAGUACAUUUCAUGGAGCUUCCUGGUGACAUACCUAACAGGAUUAGUAAGCAGAUAGUAGAAGAACUUGUUUUUGAUCAAACACCUGAUGCAGUUUUAAGGGGAAUCAGUGGGUUAUGCAGUGAUGCGUCUGCUGGACUGUUCUAUGCAUAUGACCAAAACUCUAUCUUCCAGGUUUCUCUAGUCAUUGUUAUUAACUGUUCAUUGAUGCACUAGGUAACAUAUUUCAUCGGAUGAUUCUUGCCAAGCAAAACCUUGAUGUAAUACCGACUUCUGUUGCCCACUGUUAUUUAUUCUUUUUACGAUAUAUUCUCAUUUCAUUAGACUUGUGCUUUCCUACAUCUUUCACAUAUUGGGUAUCUACUUUGAUGUUGAAAACUUGGUGCUUUUUCUGUAAUCCUUUCUGUAAGUGUAAAUUAGGCCAUUAAAUUCUUUCAUGAGUUAAAUGAACUAAUUAAUUGUUGAUAUACAGCAUUCAUGCUUGAGUCACAUGACACAUUUAUUCAUUCUGUAAUGAAUAAUGAGAUUACUUACCUUUUAAGAAGUAAUCUACUUUCAUUGUCAUAGUCUCUAUAUAAUAGCUUUCUUAUAUUGUUUUUGUUCCUCCAGGCUGUGAAGUAUACAACUUAGGAACUUAAAAAGGUACAUCAGUCUUGGAAAUGGUAACAGCAUUCGAGAAAGUAUCAGGAAAGAAAAUUUCACUGGUGAUGGCUGCCCGACGACCUGGUGAUGCUGAAAUUGUGUAUGCAGCAAACGAGAAAGCGGAACGGGAAUUAAAAUGGAAGUAAGUGUGUGGUUGGCGGAUAGAAUAAUGAAAACCCAUAAUUGGGGCCUCAAGCUAACAUUUAAUUUUCUUCAAGGCAAAAUAUGGCAUUGAUGAGAUGUGCAGAGAUCAGUAGAAUUGGGCAAGCAAAAACCCCUAUGGUUAUGGGAAAUCUACCUGAUGCUCAGCUAUUGUUAGAAUGUUAGAAAUGGAGGGAGCAUCUAUCUUUGGAUAAAGAGUAGGAAUUAACUGAGAAGAGGAAUGCUUUGCAUUUCUUUCUCUGCUAGUUGAUGCUAGUUCAAUUCAUUCAUUGAUUAGUAAAGUGACAAGCAUAAAUAAAUAUAGAAUUGUAAAUAUGUAAUUUCAUUUAUGUUUUUUACUUUCA